GCAGCUAAAAAAGCAAACGCACAUUAUUUCAUAAUGAAAUUGCCCGAUGUAAUAGCAGUUAGGAUACCGAAAUUUCCAUAAAUUAACUAUCAAAAUUUUAGAAAUAUCAAACAUUUGUUGGAGAAAACGGAUUACAAUUAAGCGGAGGAGAAAAACAACGAAUUUGUAUCGCGCGAGCAUUAAUUAAAAAUCCCAAAAUUUUAUUGCUCGAUGAACCUACAUCAGCACUAGAUAAUGAAUCAGAAAAAAUUGUUCAAAAAGCGCUGGAUGAAGCAUGUAAAGAUCGUACAACGAUUGUUAUCGCACAUCGUUUAUCAACCAUUCGUCAUGCUAAUAAAAUCUGUGUGCUCGAACAUGGUCGACUCAUUGAAGAGGGUACACAUGAAACAUUGAUGCUGAAUGAACAAGGAAAAUAUUAUGCGAUGGUUCAAAUGCAACAAUCACUACCUGAAACAAUGGACGAAAAAGAAGAAGACUCUGAUGAAUCAGACCAAUACGUAAAAGGUUAG